AUGGCUUCAGCUGCGAUUUCUUCACUCUCGUAUCACUUCCGUUCACAGGAACCGAUCUUCUCAUCGAAAACUCCAACCUCUGUUUCGACGGCCUUAACGGGAAGGAGAACAUUUGGAUCUAUCAAAGCAGCUCAAGUGAAAAGCCAUGAGAACCCGAGACGACGCACUCAGAACGUUGAAGGCGAUCUCUUUGUCGACAAUACUUGUAUCGAUUGUGAUACAUGUCGUUGGAUGGUUCCGGAAGUAUUCACCAGAGUGGACAACAUGUCUGCGGUUAUUAAACAACCAACCUGUAAGGAACAAAGGCUUAAUGUUCUUCAGGCCUUGUUAUCCUGUCCUACGGGAUCUAUUCGCACUGAAACUCCACCUACUGACAUAGUGGAAGCUCAAGAAACCUUUCCACUUGCAUUGGACAAAGACACACUCCCUGGAGUUUUUCAUUGUGGGUUUCAUUCCAAGAAAUCAUAUGGAGCAACUUCCUACUUGAUCCUUCAUCAUGAGGGAAAUAUACUUGUUGAUAGUCCCAGGUAUGUAGAGAAACUUGCUGGAAAGAUUGAGAAGAUGGGUGGUGUUCGCUACAUGUUCUUGACACACAGGGAUGAUGUUGCGGAUCACAAGAAAUGGGCAGACCGAUUCAACUCUACCAGAAUUCUGCAUUCUGAAGAUGUUGAACAAUCGACCUCUGAUGUGGAGUUAAAGCUGGAAGGAAGUGGACCAUGGAGCAUCUAUGAAGAUGUCGAGCUUAUACACACUCCCGGUCAUUCACAAGGAUCAGUGUGCUUGUUCCAUAAGCCCCUCAAGGCAUUAUUCACUGGAGACCAUGUAGGAAUGACAGAAUAUGGAUUGAGCAUUUUCGAACAGUACAAUCAGAGUUCAGUGCCUCAACAGCUCGAGAACGUAGAAGGAUUGUUCAACCUCGAUUUCAACUGGCUAUUGCCAGGACAUGGAAGAAGAGUACAUUUCAAAGAUGGAGAAGAGAAGGCCAAGAAUCUGGACGCACUUGUUCAGAAGCAUAGAGAGAAACAAGUUGUUUCUCUUUAG